AAAUGAGUAUAGAAAACCAAACACAAGAAAAAGUUUGUUAAUCCUUUCAGUAGCUGUCUGCUCUUCCCUUCCAUUUAUCCCCCUACAUCACAAAAGUUGUACAAUCUACACCCUUUUUCUGUCAAAAUCUAUAAAAUGUAGUAAAAAUUCCCAAAUCUUUCUGUAGUUUUUCGUCCAUCAAAACGUGUUAGUAGUAACCAUUAUUCUGCUCACCUACCCACCCUCAUCUACCCCUCCAUAGAUUAUACUUUUCCAUCUUCAUUUUCCAACUCUUUUUACCAUUAAUUUUCUUCUCAAUUUCUCUUUCUUUUACCCAAAAUACUAGAUUUCUUGUCAAUUAGGUUAAUUUCCCUUUCAUUCACACAUUUUUCUCAGCAAUGCUGAAGUGGGUACUUCAAAAUCCCACCAAAUUCGCUGAUAAUCUUUCUGGGUACUUGAGUUAAAUCCUUUAAUUUGAGUUUUUAGGGUUGAAUUAUGGCUUUAAAAGCUGAUUUAAUCAUUUUAGGGUGUGGGAUUUUUUCGUCAACUGAUUUGCAACCGAGGUCUAGCUUUAGUAACUUAAAUUUUAGGAGAGAUCUUAAGAGAUUAGGGAAAUGGGAUUGUUGUUGUGCUGUUUUGGGACAGAGGGCCAUCACUCCUACCCCUGUUGAUGAUGAGAAACCAUUGAACCCUAGCACUGCUGCUGAGAAUCAUUCUGUUGGGAUUGAACAAAAUCAGCACCCUGGUUUUCAUAGGGAUUUAAAUUCCCUUCCUAAACCAUUAUCAGCCUCUGAUCUCUCUCCUUCUCGUAAUGGUGGCUCAAAAGUCCGCGUUGCUUAUCAAGGCGUGCCAGGAUCAUAUAGUGAGGAUGCUGCUCUCAAAGCAUAUCCAAAUUGUGAGACUGUUCCAUGUGACGGAUUCGAAGCAGCCUUUAAGGCAGUUGAACUGUGGUUAGUGGAUAGAGCAGUUAUACCUAUUGAAAAUUCUGUAGCCGGUAGCAUCCACCGCAAUUAUGAUUUACUUCUUCGGCAUAGACUGCAUAUAGUGGGCGAGGUUCAGUUAGAUGUUAACCAUUGUCUGAUGGGAUUGCCGGGGAUCAGAAAAGAGGAUCUGAAACGUGUUUUAAGUCAUCCUCAGGCAUUGGAUCAGUGCGAGAAGACUUUGAGCCAGUUGGGUCUUACCAGAAUUAAUGCUGCCGAUGCUGCUGGUGCAGCACAGGUUGUAGCUUCAGAAUGGCAAAGAGAGACGGGAGCAGUUGCUAGUGCUCGUGCUGCAGCUAUAUAUGGGCUUAAUAUUCUUGAAGAAGGAAUACAGGAUGAUGAAGACAAUAUUACCCGAUUUAUGAUACUUGCAAGGGAACCUGUUAUUCCGGGCAUAGAUAGGCCUUAUAAGACUAGCAUCGUUUUCUCUUUGGAGGAAGGUCCUGGUGUACUUUUCAAGGCUUUGGCGGCAUUUGCCCUACGUGAUAUUAAUUUAACAAAGAUUGAGAGUAGACCACAGAGGAAGCGCCCUCUUCGUAUUGUGGAUGACUCAAAUAAGGGAAGCCCCAAAUAUUUCGACUACCUUUUCUACAUUGACUUUCAAGCAUCAAUGGCAGCGCCUGAAGCCCAAUUUGCAUUGGGUCAUCUGCAGGAGUUUGCUAGCUUUCUUCGUGUCCUAGGAAGUUAUCCGAUGGAUUGCCAAAUAAAACAAUGACAUUAAUCAGUGACGCGAGCUAGAUAAAGCCUAUUCAUUUACAAUCCCGUACAUAUGAUCAACCUUUUUCCGUGAAGCCAUCAGGAGAAUUUUCGUAGCAGUCAAGACAGCUUAUGCUUUGUCUCCCUAUAUUAUCUCCAUUCUUUAUAGUUUAUACAAUAUAUGAAUUAUGAAAUGAAAUCUCUGUUUGAGGGUAAAUGCUGUUAUUUUUUCAAAUGUUGAAGGGAAAAAAGAUAAAAAAAAAAAAAAAAAAAAAAAAAGAUCCACGAAACUGUUCACGGGAAUUGGGAUGCAACACACAGUCCAUAGGAAGCUGGUAUUGGCUUUCUUUCACUCAUUUUGAGUCAACAUUUGUACAUUUUAUGACCACACUCGGAAAUACGCACAUUUUCCUUUUGUGAACCUA